GGCUUCACCGCUAUGUCAGCCAACAUAGGCGGUUCAUUUUUUUCUUCUUUGUCUGUUGCACUCAGGAACCGAAAGUUCUUCGUCCUCUGCAAGUGGCUCUUGUUGCUGCAAAUAUAAAAGAGCCCGAUAUUUUCUCCGUCCUGAAUAGGGAAAAGAACAGAACUGCUCUCUACUCCAAUUUUUCCUUCAAUUUUGGGUGGAAGGUAAAUAUGAAUUUGGGUGUUGCAGAAUUUGAAUAGGAUUCAUGAGAUUUUGCUGAAUUUCCAAUCUCAUCCGACUGAAAACCUCGACGGAGGCGGGGGAGCUCGAUUCGGAGCAAUCCGACCCGGAAUCGUGGCUUUUUCCGUCGUCAUCAUCAACAAUCAUGGAGGCUUGGUACUCGCUAAAUCGUUCGAUUUAUGCCAUCUGGAAUCUACAAGAAUCGAAUUGAAUUUGAAUUUGAAAUCGAUGAGAAUCGAGUUUUCGAGAAGGUGUGAAGGUCCGGGGUUAUGGUCUCUAUAGGGGAUACGAUGUGGAGCUUUUCCUGUACCAGAACUUUAACCUGCUUGUUACCUCUUGCGCAUAUUACGUUACUACCCUAAGGAAUCAGCCACGCACGCCUGGCCCACUGUACGUGGGGUUAAGAUAUGAGUGAUCCAAAAAUAUGAGGAAUAAAGGAAGCAUUAUUACGCGCCACUCAUUUCCAAAAAUAUGAGUGAUCCAAGUUAGCCAAGCCCCAAAGAGUUUCGCUCAUUACAAACUGAAAGAGAGUUUAGCUCACUUGAACAAUCUUCUGAUUUCAGUAAUCCUCCCCGAAUUCCCUUUCAUCUGGCAACAAGUGACGAGCAAAAGAUCAAGCUUGGUUGUGGGUUGGGAAUUGCAGCUUGUUUCGUUGCAUCAACGAACUUUAGUUUUACUUUGAUUGCUCUACGUACUUCAACAAAAAGAAAAGCAAAAAGCCAACUAAAUAAUAGGAAUGGAGUUUCUUUCAAAGAUUGUGGAGUACCCGAUUGAACUUGUUGGACGUCUACUGGGACGCCAAGUGGGUUAUGUAAUUCACUGCAGAACCAACAUUCAAAAGCUACAGGAUCAAGUGAAAGAAUUGAAAGCUGCCAGAGAGACGAUAAAGUAUAAGGUUGCUGAAGCUGAAACAAAAGGUGAAAAAAUACGACAUGAUGUCGAGUUGUGGCAGACAACAGUGGACGAGAUCACUGCAAAGACGGACGAAUUGUUGAAUGACGAAAGCCAAGCAGAGCUGAAAUGUCUCCAUGGCUUUUGUCCUAAUCUGACUGUCCGUCAUCAGAUAAGCAGGAAAUCAACAAAAUUGGUUGAGGAGGUUGUUGAACAGUAUGGAAAAAAAGAAUUUUCCCAAGUUUCGUGUGGUAAUUUACGGAAGGAGGUAUGGGAUGUAACUACCGGAGAUUACCAGGCCUUUGAAUCAAGGAUGUUAAUUGUUAAGGACAUCAUGGAUAGUCUGAAAGUCUCUGAUAUUCAGAGGAUUGGGGUGUGUGGAAUUGGAGGAGUGGGUAAAACCACAUUGGUCAAACAAGUUUACAGGCAAGCUUCAGAAGAUAAACAGUUAUUUGAUAAUGUGGUUAUGCUAUUAGAUGUGAAAAGUAAUCCAGACCUGGAAUUAAUUCAAAAGAAAAUUGUUGAGAAGCUGGGUAUGGACGUUCUUGAUAAUGAAACGAUAGACGGAAGAGCGAGCCGUCUAUGUGCCAGGAUACAAGGCAAAAACGUUCUUGUGAUUUUGGAUGAUGUUCAAGAAAAAAUGGAUUUGGAGGUUGUGGGACUUCCUCGUCUGCCAACUUGUAAAAUUUUGUUGACAUGUAGAACUCGAGAAGUUUUAUCUUUUCAUAAGAUGCGGGCGGAAAAAGUGUUUCAGCUUGACAUUUUAAAUAAAGAAGAAACUUGGAGUAUGUUUGUGAAGAUGGCAGGUGAUGUUAUUAAACAAAAUGAUCGUAUACGAGAUAUAGCGAUCCAAGUAGCUGAAAAAUGUGGAGGUUUGCCUUUGUUAGUCGUCACAGUUGCGAGUGCUUUAAAAGAGAGAAAUAAAUCAGAAGCAUGGAAAGAUGCCUUAAGACGACUCAGAAGGUUUGACAAGGAAGAGUCAAUAGAAAAAGCAUACAUGACUUUAGAGUGGAGUUACGAGCAAUUAGAUGAUAAGGAGCUUAAACCGUUGUUCUUACUAUGUGGAAUUUCAGCGCGGCAGAACCAUAUUUAUCUGCAGGAUUUGUUGAAUUAUGGUAUGGGUUUAGGUUUGUUUUUAAACAUCAAUACAGUGGAAGAAGCAAGGGAUGCAUUGGAUUCACUACUUGAAAAACUCAAAGAUUCUUGCUUGUUGAUGGACAGUGAUGUUGAUGGCACGGUUAGAAUGCAUGAUCUUGUAUGUCAUGUUGCUAACCGGAUUGCAAAGAGAGAUCAACACAUGUUAUCAGUAGAGUAUGGAGGUGAGUUGAAAGAAUGGCCAAGUAAGGAUUUCUUAAAGAAGUGCACUAAGAUCUCUCUCCUGCAAGUCAAUAUUCCUACACUUUCUGAAAUGCCUUUGGAAUGUCCAGAAUUAGAAUUGUUUCACUUGUACAAUAAAGAUUUCUCGAUGGAAAUCCCAUCCAACUUCUUUAAAGAGAUGCAGAAACUCAAAGUUCUGGAUUUAACCAACAUGUAUAUGCCAUCAUUGCCUUUAUCUCUUCAAUACUUGAAGACGCUUCAAACGUUGUGCUUAGAUGGGUGCAUGCUGGGAGAUAUAACUCUACUCGGGCAGCUAAGCAGCUUAGAAAUUCUUAGCCUUUUACAAUCCAAUUUUGAAGAAUUGCCUAGAGAAAUAGGGCAAUUGACUCGUCUUCGGUUAUUGGAUUUAUCCGAGUGUUAUAAACUUGAAGUGAUUUCACCUACUGUCAUAUCAAGCUUGGUGAGAUUGGAAGAUUUGAGAAUGAGAAACAGCUUUAACAAAUGGGAGGUUGAAGGUGAAAGUAGUAAUGCAAGCCUGUCUGAGCUAAAGCACUUGUCUCAGCUAUCCGCAUUAGAAAUACAUAUUCCGAAUGCUGACAUUCUUCCAGCAAACUUGUUCUCCCACAAAUUAGAGAGAUAUAAUAUUUUUAUUGGAGAUGCAUGGGGUAUGGGAUAUUCUAUGGCUAGAACGAGCCUUAACACACUGAAACUCAAGCUCACUAGCAACAAUAUUAUGGGAUUGGAUGAAGGCCUAAAAUCGUUGCUGAAGAGAGCUGAGGACUUGUCCCUAGAUGAGAGUAUAGUUAAUAUUGUCCGGCAAUUGGAUACCAAAGAUUUUGAGAACGUGAAACAUCUCCGACUCCAAAACAUCUUUCACUUUACAUAUAUCAUUGAUAGAAAGGUUGUAUUCCCCAAAUUAGCAACCUUGUCGGUGCAUGGAUGUGAUAAUUUAAAAUUUUUAUUCUCAUUUUCUAUGGCUAAAAGUCUUAUACAACUUACACAUCUAGAGAUAUCCGUCUGUAAACUCCUGCAAGAGAUUGUAUCAUCAACAAGAGAAGGCGGUGAAGACAAUAUGGAUGACAUGUUUUUUAAACUUAAAGUUUUGAAGCUUGAAGAACUUCCAAACCUCGCUAGAUUCAACACAGGAAAUUAUAUUGAGUUCCCGUCAUUGGAAGAACUGGAGGUAAAUGGCUGUGAUAAUCUGGGGGCAAUCAUUGGUGAUAAAGUUUCUAUGAGUAGUAAAGACACUAGAAGCUGCAAAGAAAUUGAACAUAGGGUCUUGGAAGAGGAAGAGAACCUUGAAGUCAAGAGUGAGACCGUUGUGAAAUACUCCCUCUUUAACAAAAAGGUUGUGUUCCCAAACUUAGCAACCUUGUCAAUGCAUGGAUGUGAUAAUUUAAAAGUAUUGUUCUCAUCUUCCACGGCUAAAAGUCUUGUACAUCUCAAACAUCUAAACGUAUCCGCCUGUAAGCUCCUGCAAGAGAUUGUAUCAUCAACAAGAGAAGGCGGUGAAGACAAUAUGGAUGACAUGUUUCCUAAACUUGAAGUUUUGAAGCUUGAAGCACUUGCAAACCUGGCUAGAUUUAGCACAGGAAAUUAUAUUGAGUUUCCGUCAUUAGAAGAGCUGGAGGUAAAGGGUUGUGAUAAUCUGGGGGUAUUCAUUGGUGAUAAAGUUUCUGUGAGUAGUAAAGACACUAGAAGCUGCAAAGAAAUUGAACAAAGGGUCUUGGAAGAGGAAGAAAAUCUUGAAGUCAAGAGUGAGACCGUUGUGAACUACUCCCUCUUUAAUGAAAAGGUAGGAUUUCCUAUCUUGAAGAGAUUGUGCAUCAGAGGGAUAAGGGAGUUGAAGGCGAUAUGGCACGUCCAACUAUCUCAAAACUCAUUUUGGAGACUCAAAGAAGUUAAGGUUGUCAAAUGCGAGAAUCUAAUAAGUUUGUUUCCGCCUAGUGUCAUGAGAAGAUUGAAUACGCUGGAAACCUUGAACAUAUGGAAUUGCAAAUCACUAGAAGUGGUAUGUGACGAAAUUGUUGUUGCAGAAGAGGAACAAGAAGUUGUAGAAACAACUCCUCCUCAAUUUGUGUUUCCAAAAGUAACAUUGGCGGAGUUGGGGAAUCUACCUCAACUUACGGGCAUAAAUGCUUCACAAUGGCCAUCACUCAAACGAUUGGAGGUGGAUGGAUGUGAUAAAGUGGGAAUUUUUGCCACAGAAUUUUCUCACUUUGGAAAGAAAUAUGAGAUGGAACCUCUAACAACGUCUCAAAAGCCUUUAUUUCUAACCGACAAGGAUUCAUUCCUCAACUUGGAGGACUUAAUAUUGAAUGACAUGGAAAUUUGGAAUGGGCCACCCCCAGCGGAUCAGUUAGUGUUUGGCAAAUUAAAAUCAAUAAGCUUUUAUGGGAAUUGUGCACCUUUCUCCAAGCAAGCUUCGGUCCUUUUUCUCCAGAGGUUACAAAAUCUUGAAACAAUUUGGGUGCGGCACAAUUCUUGUGAUAGAAUUAAUGGUAGCACUACUGGGGAAGAAAUACAUGAUAAUGCAGUUGGGAGCGGGACCCUCCCCCGUGUAAGGAGGUUGAAGCUGUUCCUUAUGGACCAACUGAUGGAUCUAGAGAAUGACAACUCCCAAUCACUACUUUUCCCAAAUUUGGAAACUCUUGUGCUGUGGAAGUGUUCCAGAUUAAAAAGUAUAGAGUCAUCCGCAAUAUCCUUCCGGAAUCUUACAACUUUGAGUGUAUACGAGUGUCAUGGAUUGGAAUAUUUAACAAGUUAUUCGAUGGCUAAAAGCUUAGUGCAACUCAAGACAUUGGAAGUGAGCUGCUGUAAAAGUCUUAUAGUGAUAGUGGCAAGCAAUGUGGGUAACGAUGAUGUUGAUGAUGCAGCAGGAAAUGAGAUUGUUUUCAGCCACUUGCAACGUUUGGGGCUUGGUUCUCUACCAAGUCUACAAAGCUUUGGCUCCGGAAAUGGCACACUCAAAUUUCCAUCCUCCAUGACCUUAGAAGUAAUUGCAUGCCCGAUCAAGUUGAAGAUUUGCCCUGAUGGGGUCCUCCUAACAGAAAUAGAGGGAAAAUGUGAGCAAAAAGGAGAUGAUGACGUUGAUAGUGAUGAUGAUGAUGAUGAUGAUGAACAGAAAAAUGAUGUCGAAACAGCUUAGAGAACUCCUAAAAUAUCAUCUGAGGAGCAUGCUCUCUAGUUGCUUCGACAGCACACCAUUUCAAAAUUGGAUUGGAUCGGAAGAAAUAUAUCCAAUCAGAUCACUUGUGAUGUUUGGAGGCUCAGAUAUGUUAGGAUCGGAAAUUUUAUAUCCAAUCAGACACGGAUAAAAGAUCCUGUUGAAAUGGUGUGAUAAAUUAAAUCCCGCUACUUAUCUCUUCGUCUUUCAGCCUCGUCGACAACGUAGAACUUCUCUCUUCCUCUGCGACCUUCACCUUCCUAUGCUCCGUCACAAUGCUCUGGCCCUCUGCGGCCAUUUGACCUCCUGUUGCUGUCUCUCAGAGUUUGGUUAUAUGGCUUCAAGAUUACAUGAUGAAUUAGCUUCUGCGGACAUGCAAUUGGAAAAGCUGCCAAAGUGCCUCCUACAAUAGAGGAAGUUAAUCAAGAGCUUAACAACCAAGAGCUUGCUAAUGUAUUUGAUUCCAAGGUAGAACCAGACCAGAAAUCUACUGCUAUAUCUGAAGAUAAACUUUUCAACUACAAAUUGAAUCAAAGCCUUUAAACUUGUUAUGGCUGAUUCUGCUUAGCUUUUGGCUCUAGAUAAAGCCCGAAAUUUUCUACAAUAAAAUUAGGUAGGUCGCUAGUAGAGUUCCCUAUCUAUAAUUUUGCUAUUUACUGAAAUAAUUUUUCUGUAAGGAAAGAUGGAGUUCUUCGUACAGCUUAUUUGUAAGUCAUACAGACUCUGAUUUUGGGAAUGGUUAGAACUUUUUAGUUAUUGGCAUAUUCAAACCUAGUAAUUUGUAUUUUGUUGUACCAAUGGAUCAUGGUAUUUGUAAGAUAUAGGUUGUUGCUUAUAGAUCUUAUGAAAUUUGGAGAUUCACCAUC